CGCUUUAGUAUCGCGGUUGCGUUCGGAGGGAGAGGUCGCGUUGGUUACGGUUUUCGCUUUCGUACACGUGUUAUUAUUAUACCAAUAAUAACACGUAAAGUUGUGUGUAGUUGACGAGUUCUUGUUUAAUUUAAGUAGUAAAAGUAUAGUGUUUUGUGAAUACAUUGUGUAAAUGAAACAUACAAAAAGUGAAUUUGGAAUCAGCUUGCGAUGCAGGCUCAGCGGCCGUGCUGUUGUCGAUGCGACCGGUGAAUAGUGCACUUGUUGCGAUAUGUCAUUCUUAGUGAGUUGUCUGAUAGCGUGUUGUGUGCUGUGGGGGGUGGCGGGCGACGUUAAGCCGGAGCUGUCGAUGCUGUUGGUGUCGCGUUGCUGCCCAGAGGGACAUGUGCUCACCGCCGAAGCCUUGCGCUCUCCCAUACUGCCAUCGACAGUAGCCGCCGCACCAUGCCAACAAGUGGACAGGAAUGUGACAUGGUCUCCGCGAGUGUAUGCGCUGAAACGAAAUCGUACAAACCCAAAUGACACGGGAUUCGUCACGCUUGGCUACGUCCCGCGUCAUUGGCGCUAUGAGUGGGGAAAGCUUCCAGACUGCAAUCCCUUACGAGUACUGCCGGAGUACGCGGCGCCUUAUGCCCUGCUCGCCCGCACCGGAGCUAUGAUGAUUCGUGGAGUUUCGAAGCCAUUGGACCUGAAGAGAUACUGCUGCGACCAGACCGCGGCACUGGUGUGUGCGGAUGAUACGUCUUGGAAGUCGACUAAAUGUUGUGCGGAGGGGCGAGCCUUUAACGGUACGCACUGCGUGGAGCAGGCCGAGCGAGCGCAGGAGGCCCUGGAGGAACUGCGUGCUCUCGCCGCAAGCUCCGACAGCCCGGGCGGUGCAGGCUCUGGCAGCGCGGUUGGCUUCGGCUGGCCGCUGUGUGGCGACGGGUCGCGCUACGCCGUGGCGGGACAGCUGGCGGGCGCCAGGCUGGGACAGCGCGGCGAGCUGGAGCUGCGCGCGGCCGGCGGCGGCGGCGAGCUGCUGGCGGGAGGCACUUGGUGCGCGGAGGCCGUGCUGGGCGAGGCGGGCACGCGAGUGCUGGCGUGCGAAGCGGAGGCGCGGUCGCAGCGACCGACGACGCAAGCCACGCGGCACGCGCUGUAUGGCGCUGGGCUAGCGGUCGGAGCGGCCUUCCUAGCGGCCACGCUGGCGGCAGGCUUCGCCCUGCCGGCGGCGCACCACGCGUUGCACUGGCGCUGCCAGACGCACUACGUGGCAGCGCUGAUGCUGGGGGACGUGCUGCUGGCCGCCACGCAGCUGGCGGGGGACCGCGUACCUCCUGGGCUGUGCCGUGCGCUGGCUGUGUGCAUGCAUUUCUUGUUCCUGUCGGCAUUCUUUUGGCUGAACACUAUGUGUUUCAACAUCUGGUGGACUUUCCGGGACUUCCGUCCGACGUCGUUGGAGCGCGGGCAGGAGGCCUGGCGGCUGCGGGUGUACAUGGUGUACGCGUGGGGCGGGCCGCUCCUGCUGGCGGGCGCGGCUGCGGCGCUGGACCAGCUGCCGCCGGCCGCCGCCGCGCCCUUCCUGCGUCCGCGUUUUGCUGUGCAACGCUGCUGGUUCUACGGUGACAUGGAGAUCUUAGUCUACUUCUUCGGGCCCGUGGGCGUCUUACUGCUCGUCAAUCUGGCGCUGUUCAUAUCGACCACUCGCCAGCUCACCUGCGGCCUCUGGCGACGCGACGAAGUCAAGUCCACUUCUGAACGGGCGGCUUUGGGUCGCGUGUGCGCAAAGCUGGUGGUGGUGAUGGGCGUGACUUGGGGAGCGGACGUAGUGUCGUGGGCGGCGGGCGGACCCGACUACGUGUGGUACGCUACGGACCUGUUGAAUGCGCUGCAGGGCGUGUUCAUCUUCCUGGUGGUGGGCUGCCAGCCUCACGCUUGGGCCGCCGUGAAGCGCGCGGCGGCGGCGUGCUGCGCGCGCGGCCGGGACGGGGCGCAGGCGCGCGCCACGCACUCGUCCACGCACCUGCCGUCCUGUGGGGAGUCGCUCACACACACCACGCCGGCGCCCGCGUCCGCCGCGCCGCCGGCGCCCCUGGCGUCCCCGGCGCCCGCCCCGCGGGUCCCAAUGGAGACAGUGUGCUGAGUGCUGCGUCAGACUGUACUGAGACUAUUACUGACUGCCGAGUGAGGCUUGAGCUUUAAUGUAAUGUUAUGUACUUAGUCAUAGUGAAUAUUUAUUCUUCAGUAUUAUUUUGUAUGUUCGUAACGAUUGCGAUCGAUGUUGUCGUAUGAUUGACUGAUGACGGACUACAAGUGCGUGUAUCUGCAGUCACAUAGAAGGAUUAAAUGAUGCAUAUAAAUGCGACGUGUUUAUUGUAAGUACGUACCGUGUACUGAGUCGACGUAAGCUACUUUCGAAGCUUACGUAAUAUCUUGCCCUGUUAGAUGACUGUUGAAACAAAAAAAUAAAUGUUACAACAAUUA